CUAAAAUUUUCCGAUUUGUUCUUUAUUUUCUCCGAGAAAAUAUGCUCACCGUACAUAUAUGAAAUAUUAUUUCUCGCACUGUUAAAGCAUCAUGUUUUAUUGCCCGCGACACGAAAACGUGGCGUUAGCGUAAUCCGAAAUAUCGCGGUAUCGCACAAAGACCGCGGCGAAGUCAUAAACGACGUUAUUAAUCCGCGGCCACACACAUGCGCGUCCGACCUAUUCUCAGUCGCCGGGUGACCUCGACAACGUCGGCCGAUAAGUCAUCGCAUACAUGACAUAACGUUCACCGGAGAAAAAGCCACGCUAUCCGGACGCGCCGCGGUCAGCUCGGCAACAAAAGCUGCGAAUUUUUUUUCGCAACGCGAUAGCUGCACCACAGAUUUCCCGCGUCCGAAAAUGCCAUUCUUCAGAUUCUCGCGUUAUCCUAUAUAUUUAUUUUAUUGUGAUUUCUUUAUUAAAUUUCUCUCUCUUGACAUUUCGCAUAUUUCUUUCCCCACGCAAUUCUAAUUUGAAAUUUCGUAUAUUCUCCUAUUAUUCUUUAUCUCUUUCUCGAAUUCCGUAGUGACUUUAGCCUGACCAUUGGAUACUUUGUCCUUUAACCUUUUUCAGUUCCCCGUGGUGAGGUCACCUUUGACGUCAGUAACUGACGAUUAUACGACUACUUAUUGUUAGAAAGAAAUGCAGCCUAUUCAAAUCGACAAAAAUACGAUCCUUAAUCCUGCUGUCAAAAUCGUACCUAUUGUAAAAAAAACAUCAUUUUGUCUAAAAUUUCAAAUCUCGUUAAAUCAGGAGACGCGGUAGCGUCUCGCUAAGUCAAUCUUUUCUUCAAAUUCAACCGAAAGAUAUCGAAAAUAUAGUGAAAACAUCGAGAGAUAUAAAAAAAAAACCGAUAGAAGUUCCUGCGACCAUUACACACAAACACAUCUCCCCAAUCCCUAGUAAUCUUUAUUCGGGUUCUGUCCUAUUUCUAAUUAACAAUCAACGAUAUUUCUAUCUAAAAAUGGAGCUAAUCUAUCUGCAUGCACUACUUUCUUCCGAUGUCUGGGUGUUUUCUGAAUGCAGUACACCACAUCGUUGAAUUUCUUUACAAUAGAGAAAGAUCCUUCCCAAUUACUCUGUAACUUGGCUCUACCGCUACUGUGUAUCCUUUACCAGAGGUAACACGAUUUCGUGAAUAUCACACAUACAAAGGACAAAUAUUCCAUCUGAAUCGCAAGUUCAUUUUUCGGGAAAGACGAAAAAAGGUAGGAGGGAAGGGGUCGUGUGAUCGAUCGCAGGCGUGUUACGUGACAACUCCGGUCUCUCAGGUAUAGAGCGAAAGAGAGAGAGAGAGAGAGAGGAAAGAACCUGGCACAAGAGCGGGAAUGCACCUGGCCGGCCCCGGUACACACAAGAGAGUGACCUGCCAACCUGCGUGGAGAACAGCCUGCCCGCUCGCCCGUCUAUAACCGACCGACCGACCGACCGGCUGCGUUCACCUGUGUGCAAGGUUGCUGCGAGAGAAGUGCGGCGGCAGCGCGCGGCUCUUCGUCUUCUCGCGAACCACGAGUGCCAGAAGCACGCUUCGGUCGCGUCUCCGUCUUAAAUGUAUAUAUAUAUAUAUAUAUAUAUAUAUAAAAACAUACGUAUGUAUAUCCUUAUCGGCUCGUUCGCCGCCACGCCGUGACCCGUAUUUAAGCGAGACGGAUACCUUAAAGAGGAUCGCAGGAUCUACAGGGACCCAGAGAUCCCGAGCCGAAACAACAGAGAGAAAUGGACAGAGACCAUAGAGAACAACGCAAUCAUGAUAAUCUGAAUGAGGAGUCAGAUUGUAAAGUUGGAAUGGAUUUCCGCAAUUUCUCUCAUCAGCACGAUCGUAUGUCGGACAUCGAGACUGAGAGAGACAUGGAAAUCGAUCCGGCUGAUCGCGUCGACAACUUGCACGACGAUAAAUCCGAGAAAUUAGGAAGAAAUUUUCAUAGUAUAGGGCAUCACCCAGCUAUGAGGGACGUAGAUAGGGAUCAAAAUAAUCACGUUGACAAUAUGCAUGAUGAUAAAAUGGACCAUAAAAUAGGAAGAGAUUUCCGCAAUCUGGGUCAUCAUGCUGGAAUGGUUCAUUUGCAUCCUGGUAUGGAGCAUUUGAGUAACGAUGUACGUAUCGAUGUCGAGGUGAAAUUAGCGAGAGAUGUUCGCGGAUCAUUAGGUUUAGGACUAUCCUUAGAACUCUGUGUAGUUUGUGGAGAUAGAGCUAGCGGCAGACACUACGGAGCGAUCAGCUGCGAAGGUUGCAAGGGCUUUUUUAAACGCAGUAUCCGCAAGCAACUGGGUUACCAGUGCAGAGGAAGCAAAAGUUGUGAAGUUACCAAACACCACAGAAAUCGUUGUCAGUAUUGUAGGCUUCAGAAGUGCCUGGCUAUGGGCAUGAGAAGCGACUCUGUCCAACAUGAGAGAAAACCCGUGUUGGGUGAAUCGGCCGCGACAAAAGUAGGUAACCGCAGCACCAGAGUAAAACCAGAACCGCAACAACCCGCACCCGAGGUGCCCCCAGCUUGGGAACAACCCGAGAGUCCUAGUAUGGAAGAUCAAAGUAGCGACAGCGAUCUCAGUGAUGCUUUAACCUUAGCUCGCGACCGUUUACUCAUCUCCCAUGCGUUGGAUAGUAUGGUUAAACUCAUCGGUGACACCGUUAAUGGUUCGAGCGAACCGGAAGAAGAAUGGACUGGUCAAUUAAUUUCCGAACGAAAUACAUUGUUUGAAUUGAGGGCGCCCAGCCCGGCACCCGUAUAUUUAUCUAUUCAUUACAUAUGCGAAAGCGCGGCUAGGUUACUAUUUUUAUCUGUACAUUGGGCGCGAGGAAUUCCAGCAUUUCAAGCUUUGCCAUCUGAAAUUCAAACUACUUUAGUGCGAAGUUCCUGGGGACAAUUAUUUACACUAGGUCUAGCACAAUGCGCAUACACACUUUCUCUUCCUAGUAUUCUGUCGUCGAUAAUCAAUCACUUGCAAACUAGUAUUGCGCAAGAAAAGGUCACAGCUAGCAAAGUAAAAUGUGUUACGGAGCAUAUAUGUAGAUUACAGGAUUGUGUGAGUUCACUGCACAAGUUGCAAGUGGAUUCCGUUGAGUACGCUUAUCUUAAAGCUUUAACGCUUUUUAGCGCUGAUAAUAUUCUAGCAGGUAUGUGGCGUAAAAAAGUUGAAGUUCUUCAAGAAGCGGCAUGGACGGAAUUACAACAACGCGCGGGCUCGGACAGAUUACCUCGUCUUCUCUUGAGGCUAGCGCCUCUCCGAUCGAUUAAUCCUAGAGUUUUGGAGGACCUUUUUUUCUCAGGUCUGAUUGGUCGAGUAAGUGUAGCUAGCGUUGUGCCUUACAUCCUUACCAUGCAAGAUUAUAAAGCCGAGCCGGAAAGUCACGCAGGGUGACAAAUACUGUCAGUGCAAUGUAAGUCGUGACCUAAAAUAGUGAUGUAUGCAUAAGUGUUGAAUGCCUUGAACAUUUCAAUACAACGAGACGAGAAAGUCAUGUGCAAAAGACA